AUGGAUCCCCGAUCGCACCCUUCGCGGCCUCCAUCAACCACCAUGCCUCAGGGUUCCACGCCGCUCUCCUCCACUCCAAUCUCGAGCAUGCCUAUGCCUCAAUACCAGAUGCCGCAGUAUCCGGUGACUCAGGCGCAUACGCUGCCUCCGCUCCAGCCUCACCACACGCAGUCGCCCGCACCGCAUCCCUACAUGGGUCAACCUUACCGGCCUGAUCUUUCCCGGUAUCCCGCGUCUACUCACGACGUGUAUGGGGCUUCCACUGCUCCCAUAAUGCCGCAUUCGACUGUCGGUAGCCAACCACCGUCAUAUUUGUCGCAUCCUAAUCAUUCACAGGGCCAUCACUCUCAGUCUUACCCGCCUCCUCCUCAGAGCGUGUUGCCUCCCGCAUCCUCCGCUCAGAGCUACCCGCAGCCUAUCGCUCCCGCGCCUCCCCGUGACCGUCGCGACUUCAACGGCCUUCCUUCCGGUGCAUUCAGUUACUCCGAUGGCAAGUCCUGGGGAAUGGGACCCGAAGUGAAUGGCGGGAAUGGUUCGCCAUACGGAGCUAAGGAGCCACCUCGCACGCAGGUCGUGGGCUCCCAGGGCCGUCGUGGUAUCUUACCGAGUGUCCCGGGCCGCGCGACUCCGGUUAGCAAUGGAGUCAAUGGCACACCAAAGAGCACCACUAUCCCCGCGAAGGAUGCCGAUGGCAAAUUCCCUUGCCCUCACUGCAACAAGACCUACCUCCACGCCAAGCAUCUUAAGCGCCAUCUUCUGCGACACACCGGUGAUCGUCCUUACAUGUGUGUGCUUUGCAAGGAUACGUUCUCUCGCAGCGAUAUCUUGAAGCGUCACUUCCAAAAGUGCUCAAUCCGUCGGGGUAACCCCACUGGUGCGACCCACUUGUCGCACCCUCAGGCCCAUCUGAAACGGUCACAACAGGCGGCCGCUGCAGCUGCAGCUGCUAACCCGGCUAAGCCUUUGGAUGAAGUCAGUAAUCCCGUCCCAACCUCCAAUGGUGUUAUGGGUGCGCAAUUCAGCGAUGGGCAUGUGAAUGGUAACGGGAUGGCCGUUGGUCGUCCCGGAUACCAAGAUCAGCAGCAUCUGGGGUUCAGUAUGUCACCAGCCAACGGCAUGAGCCGUGGCCCUAGUGACAACGCGUAUGCCGAUCAGGCAUCCGCGCGAGCCUCUUGGAUGAAUGCGCCUAAGCAGAAUCCGUACCUCAUGCAACAUGGUUCUGAUGCCCAUGGCCAGCCACUGAGCGUUGAUCGUACUAUUGAACAGGUAAAGCCCCAUCUCCUCCCCGAUCACAAACACCCGGGUAUGCCCGGUCCCCAUUCGACCCAGCCGGGUGUUGACUGGUCUUCGAUGUUUCAGCACGGACCCUCAGACGGUUACAUGAACCCCGUUUUCCCUCACUCCAUGGCUGCCGGCCAGGAGCCGAUCCACGCUCCCGUUGACUCCGACCGCAAAUUUUACCCCGCUACGACCGCCGGCGGACCCGAAAGUGGCAUGAACGGAUUGUACCUGGCUUCGACCACAAUGGGUGGUGAUGGUAAGUGA